GAGUGAAAAAGAGAAAACCUCUCCUCUACACACAAAGCAAAGCAAAUGAAAAGAAAAGUGAUUUGAGAAAUUUCCAAUCUAUUCAAAGCAAUAGGGAAAAAAAAAGAGUUAAGAGUGAAUUGGAGGGAAAUUGAUUUUUACGUAUGUAAUGCAUCAGAAAAAAUCGGAAGUUCAGAUCGGAAAAGAAAGCAGCGGCGUCUCCUCCGGUUUUAAUCCCAAACCUUCCACCGUUCACCACCACCACCACCACCAGCAUUUCAAUUACCACCACCGUUUACAACAGCUUUCCGAUACAACAGCGCCGGCGGGUACCGGGACGUCUCCGGUUUACGUUUUCCCUCAUAUAAUUACUCAGAGCACGUCUGGAAAUGAUGCGAUUGCACCUCCUCCGUCUUCAUCUUCCACUUCUCCGACCCCUUACAAGAGACCCCUUUUGACCCAAACGCCGUCUCUCACCAAAUCCCCUACUUUGUACCGUUUCACCACUCCCCCGCAGUUCAAUUCCCGGAAUACGGCGUCGUUCUUUUCCUUCUCCGUCGCUGCUAAAUCGUCCUUUUAUCGAAUCCUCCACCGUUUCAAGCACCUGCGUCGUCUUCGAGUUUACCUACGCUUAAUCCUCCUUUUAUCUCUCCCCUUUUUGUACUUCUUACUUUCACCUCCAAGCCACUCCCUUUUACUUGACUUCCUCACGGCUUUUGCUUUCUCGGUUGCCCUUCUUUUUUCCCUCAACCUCGCCCUUCCUCGCCUCCCUUCUAUUCGACUGUUCUUAGCCCGUUCGUUUCCAGUUACGCUCAAGUCAUCAUCUUCACUAUCGAGGUCGCACUUACCAGUGUUUUGGUCAAUUGGGUCUCGGUCAAAAUCCGAAAAGAGAUCGAGUUCAGGGUGUUGGGUUCAAGUUUAUAGCAACGGAGACGUUUACGAAGGGGAAUUUCAUAAAGGCAAGUGCUCAGGGAGUGGCGUUUAUCACUAUUAUAUGAGUGGACGAUACGAGGGGGAUUGGGUAGAUGGGAAGUACGACGGCUAUGGGGUGGAAACAUGGGCGAGAGGAAGCCGAUAUCGUGGGCAGUUUAGGCAGGGUCUUAGGCAUGGAUUCGGAGUUUAUUGGUUCUAUACUGGGGAUGUCUAUGCUGGUGAGUGGUCUAAUGGGCAGAGCCAUGGCUGUGGAAUCCAUACCUGUGAGGAUGGAAGUCGAUAUGUUGGGGAAUUCCAAUGGGGUGUCAAGCAUGGACUUGGACAUUACCAUUUUAGGAAUGGAGAUACAUAUGCUGGGGAAUAUUUUGCAGACAAGAUGCAUGGAUUUGGUGUGUAUUGUUUUGCAAAUGGCCAUCAGUAUGAAGGUGCUUGGCAUGAGGGCAGACGACAAGGGCUUGGAAUGUAUACAUUUAGAAGUGGGGAAACACAAUCUGGUCAUUGGCAAAAUGGAAUCCUUGAUGUCCCAAGCACACGGAAUAAUACCUAUCCUGUAUCUCCUGUAGCUGUCUAUCAUUCUAAAGUACUUAAUGCUGUUCAGGAGGCAAGAAGGGCUGCAGAGAAAGCUUAUGAUGUGGCCAAGGUAGAUGAGAGAGUGAACAAGGCAGUAGCCUCAGCUAAUAGAGCAGCCAAUGCAGCAAGAGUAAUUGCAGUAAAAGCAGUCCAAAAGCAAAUGGAUCAUAACCACAAUAACAACAAUGCCGUGUGAGACUUCUGACAAUAGCUCGUUUGCAUUUGAAACUCAAUGAGAUAGCAGCAAGAGGAUGAUGGCUUAUGCGACUUUCUUUUCAUAUAGCCUUUUGUUUUAUAUUGUCAUCUUCUUACAGUCUUCAUUCUUGGCUGAAGAGUAUUUAGAUCCUUUUUAACAUCAAAAGCACGUACACAUGCUGGGAAGAAAUUCCAAGCAUAAAAGUGAAGGUGGAGAGAGAGAUUUGACGGCGGUGGUUGUGAUGACACCCUUUUCUAAUUAACUUUAGGUAUCCUAUCUUUGUACAGUUUUUGUAAAGAUGAGCUAGAUAUAUGAAAAGAACCAUAUAUAAAUGGUGGGCAGUUGAAACCUCAUCCAGUCAAUGCUGUUGUAUGUGAACUUAAUUGGAUUUUGCAAUGAAGAAAACCAUGAAUGUAUGGUAGUGUUGGAUCUCAAAGUUAAAA